AUUUCGUGUUUGUAUUCCAAAACUAAAGAAGAGUUAAGUCUUCACAAAUAGUUGUACAAGUUGAGUAGCUUGUUUCCUAGAGAAGUACUUGAAAAUGGCCUAUUCAAAGGCUUUGCUGCUUGCCCUUAUUGCUGUGACUCUAGUCAUAUGCUCAGCUCGUCAAUUGGCUGAAUCUUCAACCACUGAGGAACCACAGUCUGUAGAGGAGUCUAAGUAUGGACACUACGGUGGCGGCCACUUUGGAGGACAUGGUGGCAGCCACUAUGGUGGCGGCCACUAUGGUGGAGGCCACUAUGGUGGAGGCCAUGGUGGACACGGCGGUCAUUACCCACCUAAAGAAGAGGAGUCCGUGGAGGAGUCUAAGUAUGGACACUACGGACAUGGUGGUGGAUAUGGCCAUGGUGGCGGUUAUGGACAUGGUGGAGGUUAUGGACAUGGUGGCGGCUAUGGCCAAGGUGGUGGUUAUGGACAUGGAGGUGGAUAUGGCCAAGGUGGAGGUUACGGACAUGGUGGUGGAUAUGGCCAAGGUGGUGGUUAUGCACACGGUGGAGGAUAUGGCCAUGGAGGCUACGGACACGGUGGACAUGGUGGUCACUAUCCCCCAAAGGUGACAAAAACUUCCGAAGAACAAAAGGGUAAAUAAUGAGUGAUGGCUAUAAAAUGUGCGGAGUGUUAAUAUUUUAUUUAUAUUAAUAAUGUAUUGAUCAAAGAGUUGGGUAUUAUCAUGAAUUCUUAUAUGUUGGUCAUGUACUAAUAACUAUCCUUUUUAUAUACCCCUUGUAAUUUUCAAAUUAUGCGAUGUUAAAAUAAUAAAAUUGGAAGUGGUUUUUGAUGUUA